AUCCCAGCGGGAGGGGUGGGGUGUGUUCAGGUCUAUGUUGCUUGUGCUCCUCUGGCGGAGGCCGUUGGUUGGGCGCUCGGCGAUCUGUGCUCGUAUUUCACGGUGGGCAGCGAGGAGCUAUGGAGCGUGUCUUUACGCCGCUGGACUGCCUCCUGCCCGCCGGAAACUUGAAGUUUUGCCUUCUGAUUCUGAACCAGCCUUUUGACAGAGGUCAUUUUCAUUGCCUCUGGAGCAAAGGAAAAUAUUCCAUAGAUUCCCACCAGAAGAGACACCAUUUAAAAUGAUCAUCUUUACUCAGAAGGACCUUCCUUCACUUUGCCUAUCUGAAACUCUUUCAGAGCUGCACUCAGAGCUUGUGCUGAUGGAGGUGCUAAUCAUCUCUACCACAUCACAGAAGGAAGUCAGGACAGAGCCAUUGAGCUACAAAAAGCUGCCGUCAUCCCCUGGAGGUAAAGCUGCAGUGUUUUAUGAUGUUUAUGAGCCAGCUGGUGCAAGUUGAAAUGUACUCAAGCUUCUUGCCUGAUUACAUCAGUGGUGACUUUGAUUCGAUCCAGCCUGAAGUCAAGGCGUACUACAAGGCUAAGGGAUGUGAGUUAAUUGAGACCAUGGAUCAAGAUUUCACAGACUUCACCAAGUGUCUUCAGAUACUCCAGAAAAAGAUAGAAGAGAAGGGCCUCCAGAUUGAUUUGAUUGUGACUUUGGGUGGACUUGGAGGACGCUUUGACCAAACAAUGGCAUCAGUGGAAACACUUUUUCAUGCAACAAAUAUCACUCCUUUUCCAGUGAUAGUUAUCCAGGAGAGCUCGCUGAUCUACUUGCUUCAACCAGGCAAGCACAAGCUGCAGGUGAACACGGGACUGGAAGGUUCCUGGUGUGGCCUCAUCCCAAUUGGGAGCUCCUGUGACAGCGUAACCACGACCGGUCUCAGGUGGAACCUUGUGCCUGUUCAGUCAGGAGUGAACAAAAGGCUGAAUACCAAAAUCAAGCAAGCUCCUCCUGUUUGUCACCUUGUGAAUUCAGCAUCACUGCAACUUGAGCUGUGCAUUGGACAGAAACCUUUCAGUGCUGCUGGGAUAAAAAUGGUGCAGAAUUAGCUUUAGGAUAUUUCAUAGGCAAAAGAAUUCACAGAAUCUGAUUCAAAACCCCGGAACAUCAAAUAGACAGGACAAAAAACAGCUUCUGAACAAAGUAUUAAAAUGACAUCUUAGUGGAUGAGUGCAAAGGAGGCAAAUAAUCUCAUGUGCACUGUCAGCAUCUGUUUAAAGUUACUAAAUGAUGCCGGUAGAAAUGCUUUGUUUUGUUUUGUUUGUUUGUGUUUGUUUUUGUUUGUUUGUUUGUUUUUGUUUGUUUGUUUUUGUGAAAUAAAGCCAUAUAUUAUAAACAAAAUCCACAAAUACCUUAUGAAGACUGACAUGAAAAAGUAUUUUGGUAUAUGAAAGAUUAUUAAUCAAUGAUAUUUAUAUAGCUUUUCUUUGUUUGCCAAAUGCUUUGUUUUGGUUUUUAAAACAAAAUUGAAUCUUAAAUUUAAAAAAAAAAAAUAGUGGGUUUUUUUGUUUUGCUUUGUUUUAAAGCUAAAAUAUAUUAAUACAAAUAAUGGAUUCUUUUCAUGGGAACUGGUAAUUGCUUCUCAGGGGCAGAGUGUUUUGCGUUGUAUAUGCAUAAGUAAAUCAAAGGAGAUAUAGCUGAUUUAAAAAAAAGUAUAUAAUCCUUGCCUCAAAAAGCUAUCAGUCUUAUACAAAUAAUUGAAUACAUCAGUGAACAGGGGAAAAUAAAGAAAGAAGUAUGCAACAGUAGAGGCAAGCAGAUUUGCAUUAACCAGUGGUCACGGUUAGUUUUUACAUUCCCAUAACCAUGCUGUUUUUGGAAAGCAUUAUCAUUAGAAGAAGAGAAAAAAAUGAAAAAAAAAAAAAAAAAAGAUAUAGGAAGUGUUUUAUGUUGGUGGUGGUGGGUUUCUUUUUUGUUGUUGUUUUUUGUUGUUGUUGUUGUUUAAGAGCAAAAUUUAGCUAGAGCCAGUGGUUAGUCAGUGCCAUCAGAAUAAGCUGAUGAAGUAUCGAUAUAAUGGGAAUAAGGAAGGAGGCAGAAAUUACUUGAAGAUUCAGUGGACUGCUGUUUUCUUCCUUGGUACGUUUCUUUGGAGUGGCAGGACAUACAGGUUUGUGAGAGCCGUUUUUGGCCAUUAACUGUAUAUAUUAACCUAAAGUAUAAUUCUUCUAGAACUACAUGUUUGUCAAAUACGCUUGUGCACAAAGGCUACCUGGCAAUAUCACCUAAUUAUGUCUUCCUGCCUUUUUGCUACUCAGAGCAGAAUUUCAGUUUAUGGCAUAUAAAUAUAUCUUUUUGUUCUAUUGCAUUCAUAUUUUUCCAGGACAUAAAGACUGUUCAAAUCAUUUAUUCAACACCAUUUCUCUUAUGCACCAUAUGGUUGGUGAAGUAAAUAAUUUAAUUACUAUUAACCUUCAUUAUAGGGUUUUGCUGCCCCUUAAAGUGGACGUGCAUUUUCCAUCAACAUGUACAAUACUAAUACAAAAAUCACAACUUUAAUUCUUGCUAUAUGAGCUGAUCACUGUUAUGAAGAAAUUGAUACUUUCUUUUUGAUUCUUUUAUGGUUCAACACAUUGUGUAGAACUGUUUGUAUCACUGUACAAAAGAAGAAAAAUGUAAGAAACUUUAGCUGCUUUCUCAGUUAUAGUGCAUUAGGUUCAUGGGGUGUUCUUGGGCCAGGAUCUGAGAAUAAAUUUUAUCCAGUAUUGUGUCCUUAAAACCCAUGCACUUUUUUUUUUUUCCUUUUUUUUUUUUUUCCUGGAAGCUCAUGCUCAUAUUAAAAGGGCAGUUGCCAGAAAAUGCAUAUUUAGGACUGAAUAUGCAGCUAUUCAGCAUCCAAGCCUGAUCAAAGCUUAUAUUCCCCAGCUUUGGUUCAGUCAUUAGUACCAGACAAAAUAAUCUCUUGAAAUUUGAUGGUUACACAGAACAAUUUUCUCAGCAACUGCCUUAAGCUCAAGGCUGAAGAAGGCCAAAGUAAUUCAGAGCACGCAAACUUAAUUCCCCAGUUUCAAAUGCAGCCAUGAAAUGCGGAGGCAGAAAGUUACUGUUCCCUGGUUAUAUAUUAUUAUAGCACAUGCACUAUGCUAGGCCCUCAUUUUGUCACCUUUUACGACUGUCAGUAUUAUUCAGCUUUUCACCUUAAAGUCUGUACAAUCUGCAGAGCUACCAAGACAUGAUCAGAGUGCAGAUGUUAAGAAUGACAAUGACUGGGAGGACUGAAACUCUAAAUCAGGUUUCACGUGUUUUGGGAAACUCCCUUUUCACUUGGCCAAACCAAGGUGAGAAACAGCUUGAUAAACAGAGACAGGGCUUGCCUGGCAUGAGUCCCCCAUUGCUUCUAGAGAUCAGAUGACUGCAGGAGUGAGGGGAAGGCUCAUGCGUACUUUCCUCACUUUGUUCCCUCGGGUUUGGCCCAUGCUCUUUUUCAUUGGUGGAAGCACCUGAGGACAGCCCUGCAUCUCAGGGCAGUCUGUCUCAGGAGGCAUGCUGAUCUAGGCCUGGUGGAGAAAAAAAUGGGUAGCUCAUAAAGGUAAAACAUCUCCAGAUAUUGCCUCUAUACACAAAGAAAAUAUUUGAGAUUUUAAAGUCAGGCAUCUGUGGAUCAUCCUUGGCUCUACACAGUCUCUGGUAGGCUUAUAAAUUCCCUCUGUUAGUAAAAAGCUUGCACUCAUACUUAACAUAAUACACUGUAUAGCUAUUGUGGAUGCAAUUAAUGCUGGAUUUUUAUGUCAAGGCACUUGUCCCUCUAUACAAGUAUUCUUGUACUUCUAUACAAGAUCUAUUUUAAGUCACUUACAAAAGCUUCUAAAAUUGUAUUGAUUGUAGUCUUUCUCAAAUCACUGUGUGGUCUCACUGAUGGAAGCUGAUGUACCUGGUGUCACACCUUAGUUAUGCCUAAUUUGGCACUUUAAUUCUGAUGGUGUUCAGUAUAUGAAUUGUCUUGAAUACAGACUCACAAAUAGUGCUCCAUCCAAUUUGUUCAGUGGCUUUCAAUGAGCUACACAUGAUCUCCUCAUUAUUCCUCUAGUAGUGUUCAAUCAGAAUUCACGUGGCUAGAUCAGUGAAGAAAUUUGGCUGCACUCAAUCAGAAUUCACACUGCUAGCUUAGUGAAUAAUGUGCUUUAUUAAAGCAAUAGAUGCACAAAUUCUUUGGAUUGCCAGUGCUAAAUUCAUUGUCUCCAAGGCAUGUGCAAAGAACUAAGAAUAAUACAGCCUCACCACAAGUGAGCUAGGUUAUAAAGCAGCUCUGCAGAGAUUUCUAAGUUGCCUGAGGAAGCACCCAUUAUUAACUGGGUGUGUGACUCUUACUCAAUAGGCAACCCCAUGGAGAGGGAAGAGAGGCUCAGCUCAUCAACUGAUGCCAGAAGUCAGGAGUGUCCUCCUGACUAUCUUCCCCCAAAUCCCCCCUCUCUUAAGCCAUUUUUAUACUAUUUAUUAUUUUUCAGACAGAGCUUGAGUGACACUAGUCAUGCAUACCUUUGUUUAUGAUUGGUGUAAAAUUCUCUUGCCUCGCAUUUAAAGGUAUAGGCUAAAAAAUUUGGAGUGCAAGCUCAGGGAGUGGUGAUUGCACCUUAAAGGUGGGUAGCUUUUUGAAUGGCAAUGUGUUUUGAUAUUAUAAUGGGCGUAAAAUGAGCACAUAAUGAGCAAAGUUCACCCAAAGGAUGGCACUUUGUCAAAAGAAGGCAGACUGUUGACCCAGGGUAGCAACUAUGCAACUUAUCAGUACUGUAGUACAGUAGAGUUCCUGUCACAGAACCCAGGCUGCAGAGACUCCAUUCUGCUCCACUCUCCGUGCCAUUUCUUCUUAGCAUCAACACAUGAAGUUCUCCUGAUAUUACCAACAACCUAGGGAAGGUUGCCUUCCUUCUGUGGAAUAAAUUCCUUGCAUACCAGCUACACUCUGCUUUUGUACCCCUGUAAACAGUUCUAUACCUUAAUUUCCAGUAAACAAUGCUAUAUCUUAAUUUCCAUAAUAGCAAUGGAAUACCUGGCUUUACAGACUCAGGCUUGCGAACCACAACUUCAAUAAAAUGUUGUUCAACUCCUUUUUAUAAAAUGGUGUUCCUGUGAUGUGCAGUGACAGUAGGGAACUUAUAUGCAAUGGGAAGGUUUUAUUAGCCUUUCUUUAGGAUUAUCUUCACUAUAUGCUUACAGUGCUGAUGCACAUAAUUAACAUAGUCAGCCCAAAUCCAUUUUGAAAGUACCAUACUGCAUGGCAUGUGCUUAAUACACUGUAUAUAUUUUAUGUGAUAAACAUAUGUGAAAUCAGACCAAGCUUCUGUGCACAUAUGUACACUAUACAGACAUUCUUUGUGACCAUAACAGAAAAAUGAAGGUAAUUGAUGGGUUUUUUUUUUUGUUUUUUUUUUGUUUUGUUUUUUGCAACUAGUCCUAAUCCUCCUAAUCCUGUGAUUGUUCUACACAAGGACAAAGCAAGGGCAUUUUCCUUGGGCAUGAACAAUUAACUUUCUCACUACCAAACUACAGUCAUCUGAAGGUAAAAGCUUGAAUAACACAGUAAGUUUACUCCCUUAUCUGUGCUUGACGGUAUCCUAUCCAUAAUUUGAUUUGACUGUAUAUACAGUAUAUUUAAGUAAUAAUAACUGAGGUACAGAGCAUUUGCCAAAAAUUAAUGGCUGGCUGAAAAAAUUUUAUUGCACAAGUGCAGCAAAGGGCCAUUAAUCCCAACUGAUCAAUUCUCCAUCAAGUGCCUUGUGUCAAGGGUCAUUUAUUACAUUCCUCUCGCUCACCAGUAAGGGAGUAAAAUUAAGUGUUAUUUUCCUCUUAUGGUAUCACCAAGCCAAAGCAGCCACCAGAAGCCCCUGCUCAAAAGUGUUCCUGUGGCUGCUACUGCCAUAGCAGUGAACAUCUCUUAGUGCUGGAGUGCUGGAGAGUCUUUCAAAAUGGUCUUUUGCUUUCUAUUACUUUACUUUUGUUAGCAAAUACAACUCUCCAGUGGAUGUAUUGGAGCUGACAAGGAGAUGAUAAGUCUGCUGUGUUUCCCUUGUCACUUGAAAAGAAGUGGGGUUAUGAAGGUGGGAUGAGUUUUCACCCAGUAUAGGUCACAAGUCUUUUCUAACAUGGUUUCUGUCCUUCUAGGAUCUUACAUUUACUCACCACUGAACUCACAGAAGGAUGUUUAUUUAGUGACUGGUAUGAAAUGCUCGCAUCUCUAGUUUAUAUUCCCUUGAUAUUACAUUUAUUGCUGGUAAAAAUUGGUACAAUGGAAGCUGCAUUGACACUGAAUGAUCAUUUUUCAAACUGGAUGGCUAUGGUAAGUGUAGUGGCUAUUGAAGAGAUAAUUAGUCGAUUAAGGGGAUAACAGAAAAAUAAUUGCAACAUGCUGUCAAGGAGGUCAUUCCUAAAUAUUCAGGUCAAAAAACCCACUUACCUCUCUGCAUUUUUUGUAUUCUUCAGAAUGAGGUGAAAAUAUUUGAUUUCCUUCAGCGAAUCGUGAUGAAAAUUACAUCAAUAUGUCAUUAGAUACAGAAAUUUAUCACAAUGAUCUGUCACCCAGCACUUUCCCUCUCGCUAGAAAACACAUAGACCUUACUGAGGAAAUAAGCUAAUGGGAAGAAAUGACUGUGAGGGGGUGGUGUUGAGACACCCACUUUUUGAGCUGAGUAUUUGUGCAGCUGUGCCUAGUAGCAUAACUCUGGAGGUCUCACAGUCCUCCACAGUGUUACUGGUGCUGGAGAGUUUCACCCGCCCACAAACAGCAUUUGUCGCUGCUUUUCAAGAAGGGGGAACAAAAGCAGUCAAUCACUGCUCAUUCAGUCUGCACAACCUUGGAUAUGUGCAUUCUACUUUAUAUAUCUGCUUUUUCUUUAGAUGACAAUCUCAGAAGUUAGGAGACUUUUUAAAAAUUUCAUCUCUCUGCCUCCUUGGGAGAAGAGGCCAGGGAACCAUGCUUUUGUCCUUUUCCACUCUUGAAGUGGAAGGGCAAGCCUUUAAGUAGUUAAGUUUUUGAUUUAUAAUUGAAAAAAAAAAAAAAAAAGCAUUGGAAAUACAAAACUGAAAGAUUGUUGUUAUUCUGUUUAAGAACUGGAGCUCAAGUGGUCAACUUUGAACAGUCCAUGUAUCUAAUAUGAGUGAAAAUGUAAAAUGUUUAUUAUUUCAUUUUCAAGUGAAAAGAAAUUUUCAAAAUAUUCCAAAGCAUGAAAGAAAAUGCAUGAAAGAAAUACUGCAAUUAGUUGCCUUGUAGCUUUCCCUGGAAGCCUGCCUUAGGGAUCACAGUUUCAGGAUAUUAGACUGUGACAAGAGUACAGUGAGCUAAGACAUGUUUGGCAGCAUUUCUUUCAGCAAAGUGGCUUUGAUUAUCUGAAACUUGUUCCACAUCCCUUGUCCAGUAUUAGUUAGUAGCACUAAUUGUUAGUCCAUUGUUAGUAGCACUAAUCUGAAAGCAUGACCAAUUAAAAGUGGGUUUAAUUUCAUGUGAUUUUUAUGGUUUAAGGUGGUUCAAGAUGGUUUACUGUUUGAACUGCUUUGUUGUGCAAACUGACUGGAGUCACUUGUCUCGAAAGCAACUGCACACAAAUUGUGCCACUACACAGUGAGGCCACCCGUAUUCAAAAUUUUGCCUAUGGAUACUGGCACUUGCAGACCCACAAUCAUUUCUGUCAGAACAAUGCAUCAUAUUUAAAUACAUCCCUCUAAGGAAAUUAAAUCAGCUUGGUAGGAAUACUAACACUCAGAGUCAAUUCACAACCUUUUUUUUAAAUUAUAGAAUUUAAUUAUUUUUAUUCUAAUAUUUACUGUUGAAUUUAGUUUUGAUUUUGUUUUAUCACCUGAACAUCCCAAAUUUCAGGAAUUUGCUAAAAUGUGUCACAUCAUUAUAACCUUUAUUAUGAAUCAUUUAUUACAUAUAUAUACCAAGAUGUUGUAAACUUCAUUAUAAAAUUUGAAGCAUCAGAAAAUCUAGUGGUGAUACUGUUUUACUCCCUGGCUGCUCUUAAAAUAAGAAGAGUCAUUGGAUUAGAGAAGUAUACAAUUGCAAAGUUAUUAAAAUGUAUAUUUUUGGCAAGAAGCCAUUGUGUUCUCCUACAUUUACAGCUGUCUGUUUACAGGAAAACUGCUCUGAGAGGCUGCAGUGGCUUCUUCGAGCUAUUAUACCAAAUUGGGUGGUGCAGGGACUUCUCUAUGAGCUAGGCUCAGUAACACUUCCCUCUCAGGUCAUAAGCAUAACUUGUACGUUUUUCAGGUAGAAAGCGUUUACGGUAAGCCAUCUUUUGUUCUCUGUCAUACUGGUGUUAAGUCCAGGGCACCUCUCCUGAGACUAUGUAUACCAUGUCUACACAGAUGGUUCCUAGGGUUAGAGUGUGAACUGCUCCUCUGUGGGUGUAGCAGCGUAGAUUUUGAAUUACACUUCUGAGGUCAGUGUAACAUGCAUUUUCCUUGUCGCAACUGGCUUCAGCCAUUACUCCCUGGCAGCUCAAUGAGAGCACAGCACACUAGAAUAUUAUCAAAGCAGCAGAUACCUUGCUUUAAUGGAGAAGAAAGCUCUGUCAUGUUGCCUCCCCAGUGUCACUGGUGUCCCAGCUGAUUUUGCUUUGUCUUUUCAGUGACUUGGGAAGAAAAAUUAUGUCCAAUUUGUUAUAAAAAAAAAUUUGGAGUUGGUGCUCAAGGUGUUGUGUACAGAUAUUCAACAGCAUUUCUUGAUGCCCAGAACUGUUCUGAUAGAAGCAGAUAGAACCAAUAUCCAGAUUGAAACUAUCUAUAUGUGGCUUUUCUUUUUAAAUGCCUGUUUGUGCUGUUUAUGUAGCUUCUUCCAAAAAGCAGAGUGCAUUCUUUCCUCUCCAUGAUGUUGUGAGACUGGUACAAGCCCAGACAGAGUGGGAGGAAGGGUUCUGCAGGAUAAGGUGUCUAGCAUCUAAACAGCAAGGAAGAGCAGAGUGAGCAAGUCACCCUUACUCUUGAUACUGGAGGGCUGUUUCCAAAGAGAAUGGAUACACAGUAUCUCACAUGGUCUGUGAUAAAGUGCAAUGGGACAACCUCCAGUUCUAAAGCUGUAGGUGUCUGGUGCUGCUGGGGGCUUGAUAGCUCUCUGAAACAGAUGUCACUACUAUAAAUGAGUGCAUGUAAUAGUUCUCCCACAGGAUAAAUGACAUUUAGGGAUUCAAGACUGAAAUAAAUGAGAGAUUGAACAGGACAGCUAGAGAAUAUAUUAGAAUUGACUUAUGUUCUAAUACUCCGUUAUAUAUGGAACUACUUGGUAACACUCCUCUCAUUUUUUUUUUUCCUUUUUUUCCUGUCUCAAUCAAGUUCAGUCCGUGUUGUCUCAGAAAUUCAAAACGUGGCCAGUCUCACUGUAAAUUUUCCUAACUGAUUAGAUGCAUCCUGAGAAAUUUACACUGAUGAUAGUAUAGGAGAGCUUGAAGAAAAGGUUGAUAUCAAUGCGAAGAUGCAGUGACAAUCCUAAGAGAGCCCUUUAUCCUCAGAGCUGCCAGUGCAUAUUGUGUGUCUAUGUUUUACAAGAGGAAGUGUGUUGAAGUUAGCCUGAACAGAGAGAAAUACAUUCCAAUAACUGAAUUCUGUGGUUCUCCAGAGCUGUAAUGACACCAGAGGGCUACAAGAAAUGCAAAGCUGAAUUGUCUUUCCUUGUGUUGAUGUUCCUGAGUCAUCCAGGAGCCACUUCGGAUGCUGGCAUGAGAUCCAGCAACUUGGGACUAGUUUGGUUAUUCCUGUAGAUACGGCCCCUGCAGGCAUUUCAGUUGAGUUAGGCAUGGUGAAGCAUUAAGUGCUUUUCUUCUCCCCAGACAUUGCUAUCCAGGUGAGGGAUUGUCCCUCUCUGCUCAGCAUUAGUGCAGCCUCACCUCACGCACUGUGGGAGCCACAAUAUAAGAAAGACAGAAAAUAUUGGACAGGACACAAAAAUGGUGAAGUAUGGGCAAGAUGUAUGAGGAGCAGAUAAAAUCCCUUGGUUUGUUCAGCCCAAUGAAGAGAAGAAUGAGGGGAGGCAUCACGGCAGCCCACAGCUUCCUCACCAGGAGAGCAGAGGGGCAGGUGCUGAUAUCUUCUCUGUGGUGACAGCAGCAGGACCUGAAGGAAUGGCAUGUAGCUGCAUUGAGAAGGUGGGUAAGAUUGGAUAUUAGGGAAAGAUUCUUCACUGAGAGAGUGGUUGGGCACUGGAAUAGUCUCCCAAGGGCCCGUGAGUCCUGGCCCCAAGCCUGUCAGAUUUUAAGAAGCAUUUGAACAACUGUCUCAGACACAGGGUUUGAAUUUUGCGUUACCCUGUAUGGAACCAGGAGUUUAACUUGAUCCUUGUAAGUCUCUUCCAACUCAAGAUAUUCCAUGAUUUUAACACACCAUCUCCUCUGCUGUAGAAUGAGUGACUGAUGGCUUAAAGAGGAGUAGGCCAGUCCUCCAAAGACAAGCAACUAUACAACUAUACCCUCAUGAGAAAAGAACACUGCUUCCUUCAUGUUUAUUUGCACCAAGGAAACUUUCACUGAUUUAAUGUGCCAAUCCUGAUGUCUUUUCUGUGGGUGGAGAAUUGGGGAGGGCAUUCGCUUUGCUGCUAAUCAUCACAGAUUUCAGAGCCCACAUGGGGAGAAAUACUCUAUACUCUAUGCUGUACUUUUCUGUCAAAAGUAUUGGAGAAAGGGAGGCCACAUUCCUCCCUGUAAAUGAGACUUUUCAGUUGUAUUUUUCUCAUGCAACUUUAAUAUACUUUUUGUUCAAUAUCUUUAAAGUGUUGAAUUGACAAUCUGGGAACUUGCUGAGACUCAGUCAUAGAAUCAUUGAAUGGUUUGGGUUUGAAGGGACCUUUAAGAUCAUCUAGUUUCAACCCUUCUGCUAUAGGCAGGGACACCUCCCUCCAAACCUGGUUGCUCAAAGACCCAUCCAGCCUGGCUUUGAAUGCUUCCUGAUAGGACGCAUUUACAGCCUUGCGGGGCAACCUGUUCCAGAGUCUCACCACCCUCACAGUAAAGAGUUUCUUCCUAGUAUCUGGUCUAAAUCUACUGUCUUCCAGUUUAAAACCAUUUCCCCUUGUCCUGUCACUACAUGCCCUUAUAAAAAGUUCAUCCCCAGCUUACCUGUAGGCUCCCUUCAAGUACUGGAAAGCCACUAUAAGAUCUCCUCAGAGAAGACCUCCUCCUUUUCUUCAGGCUGAAGAGCCCCAGCUCCCUCAGCCCGUCCUCCUAGGGGAAGUGCUCCAGCCCUCUGAUCAUCUUUGUGGCCCUCCUCUGGACCUGCUCCAACAACUCCAUAUC